AUGUCAGCCAGUGGUCAAUUAGCCGGCAAAGUUAUUGCUCUGACAGGUGCAGCGUCAGGGAUUGGGCUGGAGACAGCUCACCUUCUUGCAAGCAGAGGAGCAACCUUAUCUCUUGCUGACGUUCAAGAAGAGGCUCUAAAAGGGGUCCAAGCCGACAUUCAGAGGAAAUUCCAGACGGAUAUUCUCAUAUCGCCCCUAGACGUGCGCCAAUAUGGCCAAGUCGAAGCCUGGAUCGACUCAACCGUGAAGCGAUUCGGCAAACUUGAUGGAGCAGUAAACCUUGCUGGAGUCAUACCCAAAUCUAUUGGCCUGAAGAUGAUCGAAGACCAAGACUUGGAAGAGUGGGACUUUGUUAUGGGAGUAAAUUCAACGGGCGUCAUGCAUUGCUUGCGAGCCCAGCUCAAGGUCAUGGCUAAGAAUGGCUCAGUCGUGAAUGCUUCAUCGAUUGGUGGCACUACUGGUCGCGCGAAGAAUGCAUCCUAUGCCGCCUCUAAGCAUGCAGUACUUGGCCUGACACGAUCGGCUGCGAAGGAAGUUGGUGCAAGGGGGAUAAGAGUCAAUGCUAUCUGCCCUGGUCGGAUAUCGACGCCAAUGUCUCAUGAGGCACAUGCUAUAGUUACUCAUGGAACUGGAACUAUUGCGGAAUACGAGGAGCAAAACCUGUCUGAUGUGGCUUUGCGAAGGAUAGGAAAGCCUCAAGAGGUCGCCUACGUGAUCGCGUUCCUCUUGAGCGAUGAGUCAAGUUAUAUCUCUGGAAAUGAUAUCAGUAUAGACGGCGGUUGGAGGUGUUAG